AUGGCAGCGGCGGGGGCAGCGGAGGGAAGGCGAGCGCCGGCGUCCUCCCUGCGAGCCGCAACCAGCCGGCCGCGCGGCGCCUACAGCCCCAGCAUCUGCGCAGGAACCCAGCUGCCACCGGCUCCUUUUUCGUGGUGGCGUCGUUUCCUUCCGGAUCCUUCUGGUGGGUCGCACGAACGGCAGUGUGCGCACCGGAAAAGGCUGCUAUUCCAUCUUGUUUUAAACAUCUUGUUAAAUAUAUCACAAGGCGAUUCAAAAACCUCUGGAUGGCCACCGGGGCCAGGAGGCUACGGAAGUGCCUCAGCCCCGUUUGAGGAGCGCAGUGGGGCAGUUCCAUGCAGAACGCCGUGGGGCCAGCGGUACCAGAUCUUGGAGGAGGUGUUCACUGAAGUUCAGGUGCCGCCAGGCACUCGCGCCCAGGAUAUCCAGUGCGGCCCGCAGAGCCGGCAUGUGGCGCUGGCUGUGGGCGGCCACGAGAUCCUCAAGGGCAAACUCUUUGAUUCUACAAUAGCUGAUGAGGGAACGUGGACUCUGGAGGGUAGAAAAAUGGUCCGUAUUGUUCUUACAAAGAGAGAUGCAGCAAAUUGUUGGACUUCUAUUUUGGAAUCUGAGUAUGCAGCUGAUCCUUGGGUGCAAGACCAAAUGCAGAGAAACUUCCAGAAAGAAAAUCCUGGUUUUCACUUCAGCGGAGCAGAAAUCUCAGGAAACUACACUAAAGGUGGACCAGAUUUCUCAAAUCUUGAGAAAUAUCUGUGAACUUGCUGCAUUUUGUGGAUCCUAGCAAAUGUUGCCAGCUUAAUCAAAGGAACAGAUUAUGUGGUGGAAGAAAAAUGUGGAUGCCUACAGUUAACAAAUUGCAAAAUAUAUUUAAAUAUGGUUCUGAAAAUUGCAUUCAAAUGUGAUUUACAUAGGAAACAAAUACUGUAGGAACUAUUCUAUUGAUAUACGGUAGCUUUUCUUUUGGACUUGUUUUUGCUCAGCAUGAACUUUCAUAUGCUGCGGUUUACUAAUUUCAUA